UUCGAUUUCUCUGGACUUUCAUCGUGCUAACGUACUUGUGUACUCAUACAUGUGUCAUAAGUCAUAGAUAUAUUUGUCAUGGUGGACAGAAUCUGAUCUCCGUCGUGUAAAGAAUUUAUUUCUAGUGGGCGCAGUUACAUAAUUCGUUUUGGGAUAGUUUUUUUGGAAUUUUCAGAUCUAAUAAAAUAAAAAAAUGGCUGUGAACCCGUGUUGCAUGCCCCUCCAAAGGGGUGUGAUAAUUAUGGCGAUAAUUGAUAUCGUUUUCGCCAUUUUCGACCUGGUCGUAGUUAUUUUGGCAAUUAUUGCCGUUACCGUUAAUCGUGACGAUCAUCCCGAAUUGGAGAAUGAAGAGAUUACUGUUACCAUCGUGGUUUGCAUCAUCCUCUUGAUCAUCGCCAUUCUCGGGUUAUUAUUGUCCAUUCGACUCUACUUUGGAGCACAAAGGAGAGACAUCCGCAACUGCAGAUUAUGGCUAAUCGUCAAACUCGUCCUUUUCUGCAUUGACUUGAUAUCCCUGAUUGUCAACUUCAGUGCGGGCGACGCCGGUCCGCUCGGGAGCAUCGUGGCCAUCCUCAUCAUGGUCUAUCGCAUCUACAUGAUGUACGUCGUGUACUGCUUCAUCCAAGAGCUGAAGUUGGACCUCAACCGAUUUGCCGGGGGUGUCACCUUCGCCAUGCACAACUACCCCCCGCAAAACUAUCCACACCAACAACCCACCGUUUUCAUCAGCUCUAAUGCCGCAACUCUUAACGGAGGAAACCCUCCCCCUUAUUCGGCCCAGUACCCGCCACCCUACUCGGCAGACCUGCGUCACAAUCAACAAGCACAAAACGGCCUUUACAACCCGAACAGUCAGUACUACACGACGAAUAAUGUUUAAACGGGUGCCUAGAAUUUCAAGGAUUCCAUAAAUAAAUUAAGCUCUUUUUUUACAUA